AUGAAUAAGCAUGAUCAAAAAAAGAAAAGAAACAAACAACAUACUGACAAUGUGAUGGGUAAAAAAUCCAAGGGAUUUAUUAAAAACAAGAAAAAUAUCGGAGAAUCAGGAAACGAAAAAAAAAGAAAUAAUAACUUUAAUAAUAUUUGGAAGAAGAAAAAGAGAAGUGGAAAUUCGGAAAAAGAUCAAGUUGACAUACUAGGAUUAUUAAAAGGUGAUAGUGAAAAUAUGAAUGAUGAUGAUGAUAAUAAUAUGAACGAUGAUUAUAAUAAUAAUAAUAUUAAAGGUGAUUAUAAUAAUAAUAAUAUUAAAGAUGAUGAUGUUGAUGAUGAUGAUUAUGAUGAUGAUGAUGAUGACAAUUUUGAUGAGAACAAAAAUUGUAAUGAUAAUUGUUCUUCUAAGCAUAAAAGAAAUGUACCAUCAAAAAAAGAACAUGACAUUUUAGAAUUAAAUAAUAUAAAUUUUAAUGAGACAAGAAAAAAAAUGAUAAAUUAUAAAAAUAUUUUUGAUGGGAAAUUUUGUGAUUUAAAAUAUAUUUUGAGUGAAAGUUUAAUAAAUACAUUAGAAAAAAAUGAAUUUAUAAAAAUGACAAGUAUACAAAAAAUGAGUAUUCCUUUAUUUUUUAAACCGAAUGAUAUUUUUUUAAAAUCGAUGACAGGUUCUGGUAAGACCUUAUGUUAUGCUAUACCAUCAAUAGAAAAGAUAUUAAAUAUGAAAGAAAAAGUAAAAAUUACAAGAGAUAUGGGUAUCUUCGUUUUGGUUUUAUCACCUACAAGAGAAUUAGCUAUACAAAUAAAUAAUUUAUUUUGUAUUUUAACGAAACCAUAUCCAUAUAUAGUAGCAUCUUGUAUAACAGGGGGGGAAAAAAAGAAGUCUGAAAAAAAUCGAUUGAAAAAAGGUAUAUCUAUAUUGACAUGUACACCUGGGAGAUUAUUGGAUCAUUUGGAAAAUACAAAAUCGUUAAAACUUACAUUUUUAAAAAUGGUAAUAUUAGAUGAAGCCGAUAAAAUAAUAUAUUUGGGGACACAAGACAAAAUAAAACUUAUAUAUGACAUGAUAAGAAAAAUUAAGCAAGAGGAGUUUUCGAAAGUUCACAAAAAAAAGAAAAAAGAAGAAAAUGAAGUUCUUGAUCACAUAAAUGAUACAAAUAUGAGUGAUAUGAAUAAUAUUAGUAAUGAUCACUCAAACGAUUAUGAACAAUUUAUUUUAGAUAAAUUCCAAAUGAUCUUUAUCUCGGCAACUCUAAAUCAUGCUAUGAAAACAUUAGCUAAUUAUUGUCUAACUAAUAAUACUAUGUGGAUAGAAAAAGAAAAGAAAAAUGGCAUUAAUGGAGGAAAUAAAAAUGAUGAAACGAAACAAAAAUCGAAUGAUAUGAUCUCAUGUAUGAAUCGAGAGAACUCCCCCCUCAAUAUCCAUAAUAAUGAUGAUAAUGAUGAUAAUGAUGAUAAUGAUGAAAAUAAUGGUGAUAAUAAUAAUAACAAUGAUGAUAAUAAUAAUAACAAUGAUGAUAAUAAUAAUAAAAAUAAUGAUGAUGAUAAUAAUAACACAUAUGAACUUCCCGAACAACUAAAGCAAUACUGUAUACUUAUAGAUAUGAAACAAAAAUUUAUAUGUUUAAUAUACAUGUUAUUAGAUUGUAUAGAAAAGAAAAAGAAGCCAGUGGUGUUUUUAUCAAAUCAUCAUAGUGUUGAAUAUUUACAAAUAUUAUUAAAAAAUAUUUAUUGGCCAACAGAUGUAAAUAAAAAAAAUAUCGAAGUAAAUAAAAAAUUAAAUGAAAAGAUAACUCCUGUAUUAGAAAGAGAAGAUGAGAAAUUAUUAAGAAAACAUUUAGAACAAAAUAUAUUAAAUAAUAAUUAUUAUAAUAAUAAUUAUAAUGUUGGAAAUAUUUCUUACAAAAAUAUAAAUUUAGAAGAAAUACAAAAUGAAGAUGAACUAAAUGAUGAACCAGGGAAUUUAUAUAAUAUCAAUGCUGAUAAACAUAAAAGAAUUUAUUUAUUUAACAAUGUAAAUAUAUAUAUAUUACAUGGAAAUCUAUCUAAAGAAGAUCGUUUAGGAAAUUUUAUGGACUUUUCAAAAACCAAUAAUUCUAUUUUAUUAUGUACAGAUAUUAUAUCCAGAGGUAUUCAUUUUGAUUCCUUAAGUGUAGUUAUACAAUAUGAUCCACCACAAAUCUUAGAAGAAUAUAUACAUAAAGUUGGAAGAACAGCUAGAUUAAAUAAACAAGGUUCAGCUUAUUUAUUCCUACUAAAGUCACAAAAACAGUUUUUAAAUAUAUUAAAAAAUAAAAAUAUACAAUUAAAAAUUAUCUUAGGAAAUACAAUAAUUAACCAUUUCAAAAAAUUUUGUAUUCCCAAUUUUCUAAAAUCGGUAGGAAAAGAUAUUUUAAACUUUCUACACAAUCAUAUGCAAACAAUAGUUAAAUCAAAUAAUACUCUUAUGGAAAAAGGAACUAGCGCAUUCUUAUGUACUAUUACUUCUUUUUAUUCAACCAGCAAAAAUCUAAGAUCUAUUUUUAAUGCAAAAGAUAUACACCUAGGUCAUUUGGCCUACACAUUUCUGUUAGAAAAAACGCCAAAGCAAAUUUCAAAAUAUAAAAAAGAACAAAAUUAUAUUAACAUUAAAAAACAGACUGUUCUUAGUAAGAAGGAAAAGAGAUUGUUAAAGUCUAAGCAAUUCCAGAAAAAGCAAAAGAGGAAAUAA